ACCUCGCCAGCAUGCAAAUUGCUCUGCUAGUCCGACACAUCGCAGAGCGCGCGGCGCAGCACGAGAGCAGGACGCGGUGCGCGCUUUGAUGAUCAGAAGUGGACUCGAGUCGGUGAAGUAAUAGACUCCGUUGAACGACCGCAGGCUUCUUCUGCUCCGGGUGCUCGAACCCGCACCUUAACCGUAAUUAACUGCGCGUUGGCUGCGGGGGGAGAACUCCUCGUCAUCCCGGGACCGGAGCUCGCAGCGCAGCGGAAUUAUGUCUAUCCCGUGAGUGACAGUUGUCCGAGAGUGGAGAGAGCCCCGCGGAGCCGCGAGUACGAGCGAGGAACCGGCAGACUCCUCCAAGUUUCCCACGGCGGUCUUUUUACGCACCCCCGCGUGAGACGGGGAGAGGAGAGCGCCGGUGGUUUGUCCGUCUUCAAUGCGUCGCGUCCCCGCAUCCAGUGAUGGACUGAGGACGGUGAGAUCCGGAACAGCCCUCGUCUCCUGUCGCCAGUUUUAAACAAUAUCUCAGACCAAAAUGCUGGCCUGCAUCCUUUUCAUCGCCUUGUUCAUCCCUGCAGCCCAGUCCCAAGAGGCUCCCCCCUCGCAGGCUUCGUACUCUUUUAGUGACUAUUGUGAGUCCCUGUGCUCCUGUGAGAGGAAGGACGGCAUCCUCCAUCUUAACUGCGAGCAGAGGAACAUCAGCAAACUCUCGCAGGUCAAAAUCCCACCGGGUCUGCCCUUCCACCUGAACCUUUACAAAAAUGACUUGGUCGAGCUCCGCGCCGAAGAAAUGGAAGGGCUCAAAAACGCCCUUUCUCUGCACAUCGGGGGUAAUAGCAUACAAGAGCUGGAACCAGGGGUCUUUAGUGAUCUUAGCUCGCUGAAGAAACUCCACAUAAAUAGCAAUUUCCUCGUCACCCUGAAAGAGGACACCUUUCAGGGCCUUGUGAAUUUGGAGUUUCUCCAAGCCGACACAAAUUUCAUUCGGGUCAUUGAGCCGGGGGCCUUCAACAAACUCAUCCGCCUCAAGGUCCUCAUCCUCAAUGAUAACUCUAUCGAGUUUUUACCCAGCAACAUUUUCCGAUUCGUGCCCCUCACCCACCUGGACCUACGUGGCAACAAGCUCCAGACGCUGCCUUACGUUGGGUUUUUGGAGCACAUCGGACGGAUAAUGGAGCUUCUCCUGGAAGACAACGACUGGGUCUGCGACUGUGAUAUUCUGCAUUUAAAAAUCUGGAUGGAGAACAUGAGGGCCCAGUCAGCCAUCGGGGAUGUAGUGUGCAACACCCCGCAACACCUAAAGGGGACCAUUCUGGCCAAAGUGAAGCGCGAUGUUCUGUGCCCGUCCCAUGCAGACAUUAACCUGGAGGAGCCCUCAAAGUCACUGGAUAUGGUUGUUACUCCCUCAUCAAAAGUGUCUCAGAUUCCCAAAUUAAUCAAUGCCAAAGAUGACGCCAGGGCACCCACGCCGUCUCAUAUUCCUGGCAGCCCUUGUGUAGAGUACUGUUCCUGUCACAAUCACCCUGUGGCUGGGUUUUUGAUGCAUUGUCAGGAUCGAGGGAUUCAGAAGGUAUCAGAUAUUGGAAUACUCCAGCAAAGCCCCACUAAACUGGUGAUGACAGGGAAUAUGAUUGAGAAACUCUCCAAGUAUGAUUUUGUCACUUAUGACAGUUUAGAAUUGCUCAACUUGGCAAACAACAGAAUCGAUUACAUCGACAACGAGACUUUCCUCAGCCUGAGCAGUUUGAAAAAGCUGUAUUUGAACGGCAACAGAAUUGAGAAGCUGUUCUCGACAAUGUUUGUGGGGCUCCACAACCUCGAAUGCUUGUAUCUGGAAUACAACCUCAUCAGAGAGAUCGCUCCAGGCACAUUUAAUCCCCUGCCAAACCUGAAGCUGUUGUCAUUAAAUAACAACAUGCUCAGCUCUCUUCCUGCACAGAUAUUUCGCAACGUGCCCCUCACCAAAUUAAACCUGCGAAAGAAUCUACUUAUGCACCUGCCAGUGAGCAACGUGCUAGAUCAACUCGACGCGCUGGAGCAGAUUCAUUUAGAGGACAACCCCUGGGACUGCAGCUGCGACUUGCUCAGCCUGAAACAAUGGGUGGAGAAGCUCAGAAAGGACACGGUGAUGGGCUCCAUUUUGUGCCACACCCCAAAGACUGUGAUGCAGGCUGAGUUAAGAAGUGUCCGCCACGAGGUACUGUGUCCAGGUUUGGGGACCUACUACCCUAUGUCCCCAGGUGGGGUGGAGAGCGUGACAGCUACACUUGGGCCAGACAGCACUGGGAGGGGUCUGUUCGGCUCCCUAACAGACACCGUCCCGCUGUCGGUGCUCAUCCUAAGCCUCCUUGUUUUUGUGCUCAUGAUUAUUUUCUGCUCUGCCGGCUUGGUCGUGUUCGUGGUGCACCGGCGCCGGAGAAGGGCCAAGAAAAAAGCAGUGGAGGAGCAGCCCCGGGAGAACACCAGCAGCAGCCCAAUUCACUUACAUUACAGCAUGUAUGGACAGAAAACAACGCACCACACUCUAACGCAAAGGGCGGGUUCUGCCUCUCUGUACGAGGAGAGGUCCCACAGCCCUAUCGUGCAGAUCUGUCGCAACCCCACCUACUGCUCCCAGCACAAGGAGCACGACGCAGAGUUGGAUUACGGCCUCGACGACCCCGGCAGCAAGCACCACAUCUGCAGGAGCCUCAUGGAGAAGGAGAACACAUCUCCUCUCACGGGAAACCCCGGCUCCAGGGUCCGGCCCGUUGCCGGGGAGUGCCCCGCGGAGUUCGUCAACCUCGGCAAUCCCAAAUCUCUGUACAGGAACAUUCUGGAGCGAGAGAAGGAGCUGCAGCAGCUCGGAAUAACGGAGUACCUUAGGAAAAACAUGCCCCAGCUGCAGCCGGCGGUGGACAUGCAGGUCCCCGGGCACCAGGAGGAGUUAAAGCUAAUGGAGACAAUUAUGUACUCCAGACCAUGCAAGGUCAUGCUUGAGCAAACUAAGAAUGAGUACUUUGAACUGAAGGCAAACCUGCACACUGAGCCGGACUAUUUAGAGGUUCUGGAGCAUCAAACUGCUUUUAACUGAGCCUAGCCUGAGAAAAAAUAUAUAUAUCUAUAUAUAUAUUUUUCUUUUCUUUCAGCCAAGUGCCUUGUCAUGUUUGCCCUCCUGUACUUUCCACAGCGUGAGAUAUAUAUCAUGGGCACAUCACUUUAAGUUGAAUUGUAGCACAGAAUGUAACUGGUUAAUGGUUUUGUUACCUUCUAUCUGCUGACAGCCAUGCGAUGUAGCCGGCGAAGGCUGUAACUGUAAGACGCUAUUGGGUCUGGGUUAGGACCCUUCGUGGAUCUCCACUCGAUCAGCUUGUCGCGAUCGAUUCGGCCUCUGUGGCGAUGCCGGAGCCAAAUGAAUGGAUACGCACCCCCGCCCCCCCACCACCCCCGGCAGGCCUCCUGGCAGGGACGUGGCAGAUGUCUGGGAGGAAGUCAGUGAAUUCCAAUCACCACUUGACCCAGAAAUUCUGUUUAAUCAGUCUAUCCUGAUUCUGGUGUGACCUGAUUACGCCCUCUGUCAACAUAAGCCAGCUGCAUUGCUGUAACUAGAAUGCUCAUUGUGCCGUAGUCAGCGAAAUGCCAACUGUACAGUGGUAAACAGUGACAGACUGUACAUCUGCAGUCAUAGGAACCUAUUUAUUUUUUUAUACAGCCUCGUGAUACACACAGAACUAUUUUUUUCUCAGUCACUACAUAGAGCACUUAAAGGACAGUAUAUAAUACACAACUAUAGUCUUGUCGAGAAAAUAAAGAAAACGCAUUGCACUAAUCAGAUGCCAUAAGAUAGUGCAUGACAAUCAACAGUCCUGCUGAAACCAGAAAACGAGGCGCAGACGCGUGUGAUUCCCGCAGCGAGUGCUUUGUGCGAGUGGGUGACGUGCCGCGUUCAGGGACGUGGCGCUGACAACGGCUGGUUCAGAACUGUCUGAGACCCGGCACGGGUGGGACACGCACCUGCCCAGUGACUUCAGCCGACUCUUACUCUCUUGCCCCGCCACAUAAAGGCAGCGGACUGCUGGCGAGUGACAUUUGCAAUGCGGACAUUGUCCCUGUUGAGGAUUUGUCCAUUAACACUGUUGGACCAUUCAUUCAACUUCAGAACGGUUCAUGUAAGCACACACCCUGUAGCUUUUCUACCUAGAUUUAAUUAUUUAUUCUGUAUAUUUUGUAUAUAUGUAAGUUCCAUUAUACACCUUGUUUUUUUGUGUGCCUUCAGUGCUGUACAGAAUAUAAACAGAAGUUGUAACUGAUAAGCAGAAAUAAAGACAUGCAAUAUUA